CUGUUGACGUUUUAACUAUUGACAUUGUAGAUGUAGCUGUUGCCGUUGUAAAUAUUGACAUUGUAGAAGUAGCUGUUUCCGUUGUAACUAUUGACAUUGUAGAUGUAGCUGUUUCCAUUGUUGUUUCUGUUUCCGUUGAAACAAUUGACAUUGUAGAUGUAGCUGUUGCCGUUGUAAAUAUUGACAUUGUAGAUGUAGCUGUUUCCGUUGUAACUAUUGACAUUGUAGAAGUAGCUGUUUCCGUUGUAACUAUUGACAUUGUAGAUGUAGCUGUUUUCAUUGUUGUUUCUGUUUCCGUUGAAACAAUUGACAUUGUAGAUGUAGCUGUUUCCGUUAUUGUAACUACUUUGAAUACA